UUUCCAAUUGGAAAUCUGGGUCUUUGCCUUGUAAAAAACCCACUUUUCUCAUAGUGUGUACAAAUUCUCCGUCCCCUCUCAUCCUCAUCAUCAUCAUCAUCAAAAUCCUAACAAUUUUACCAGAGCUCGAACUUUGAAGCCAAAAAUGGCGUGCCCCAUUUCUCAUCUCUUAUUACUCUGUCUCUGCGUUCUCUACUCCGCCCACCAUAGUCAUGGAUUAGAGAGCCUGAGACCAAAAUCUUCGCUCUCACCAGAAAUGAACGAAACAGUGCUAAUAUCUUCUGGCGGCACAUUUUCUGCGGGCUUUUAUGCCGUUGGAGAUAACGCCUAUGGGUUUGCCAUCUGGUAUUCUCAGACCCCCAAACCCUACACAGUCGUCUGGAUGGCCAACAGAAACCAGCCGGUGAACGGAAAAAAGUCGUUCCUUGGUCUCCAGAAAGACGGAGAUCUGGUUCUCAAUGAUGCAGGAGGGAGCAUAGUAUGGAGAAGCAACACCGGAGGGCAGGCUGUGGAGGAACUCGUGCUUCUACCCACGGGAAAUUUGGUCCUGCGCAGCUCCAGUGGAAAGAUUUUUUGGCAGAGCUUCGAUUCUCCGACUGAUACAGUCCUCCCAGGGCAGCCAAUCACCAAGGACGCGCCUCUGGUCUCUCGAAUGGGCUCAUCCACCUUCAAAUCUGGCUACUUCUCGUUCCGCUUCAAUGAAAACAACUAUCUUGUGCUGAUUUACCAAGGUUCAAAUAUCACCGCCACUUAUUGGCCUCUGCCAUGGCUGGACGCAUUUGACAACGGUAGAACUACUUAUAACAUUACUCGCUUAGCAGUUCUCGACGACUCAGGUGGGUUCAGUUCAAGCGACCAGUUCACUUUCAAUGCCUCGGACUAUGGUCCCGGUCCCCUGAGAAGACUGACGUUGGAUAUCGAUGGGAAUCUGAGAUUAUACAGCUUCAACUCUCAAAAUCAGAGCUGGGUUGUAACAUGGAUUAGCAUGGCGGAGCAGUGCAGAGUUCAAGGCCUGUGUGGGCCUUAUGCUGUGUGUGUAUAUUCACCACAGGCCCAGUGUGUGUGUCCCCCGGGUUUCGAAAUGGUCGAUUCAACAGACUGGUUUCAAGGUUGUCGACUGGUACAAGAGCUCUCUUGCGAAAAAGACAGUGUUCAGCUUCUUGAGCUUCCUUAUACUGAUUAUUAUGGAUUCGACAAAAGUGGGUACUCUGCAGGGCGGUCGUUCGAAGAGUGCAGAGCAAUUUGCAUGGACGAUUGCUACUGCGUAGGCUUUGCGUAUAGAGAAAGCGGUAGUGGGCAAUGCUUUCCAAAGUCUUGGCUCAUCAGUGGGUAUCAGUCUCCUGGGAUUAACAACACCGUCUAUAUCAAAGUUUCUGUCAAUGAUUCUUCGGUAACUAAUGUUUCCUCUCUGUUGGGGAAUUCGAGUUCUCUGCAAUGCUCAUCGCCGGUGAAAGUUGAGUUGCAAGCUGCAAAUGUUUCGUCAAAUAAGGGCACACGAAAUGAUGUGAUCAUCCCCAUGUUAUCUGUUGUUUCAGCCAUUGGCGCCGCAGAGAUUGUUUGCGUGGUAUUGGGAUUCUGGUUUUUGGCCACUGUGUCUCGCGAGGCUCAUGUCUAUGAUCGAGAGAGCUACUUUUCUGUUCCAGGGGGGCUUAGAAGGUUCACGUUUUCUCAGCUGAAAAGAGCGACCGAAAAUUUCAAGGACAUGGUGGGCAAGGGGGGAUUUGGGAGCGUUUACAAGGGGGUCCUUGUUCCAGAGAAUAAAGUGGUGGCGGUGAAGCGACUGGAGGGAGUUUUUCAGGGAGAAGAAGAAUUCUGGGCAGAGAUAAGUGCGAUUGAGAGAGUGAAUCACAUGAAUCUGGUUCGAAUGCUUGGAUACUGUGCGGAGGGGAAGAAGAAGCUCUUGGUUUAUGAGUAUGUGGAGAAUGGGUCACUGGAUAAGUAUCUCUUCACCCAAGAGCCCUCUAAAGUGUUGGAUUGGAGUAAGAGAUUUCAAGUUGCAGUCGGUACGGCCAGGGGGCUCGCUUAUCUGCACGAGGAAUGUCUGGAAUGGAUUCUUCACUGUGACAUCAAACCUCAGAAUAUUCUCCUGGAUGAGAAUUUCAGUGCCAAAGUUGCAGACUUUGGAAUGGCCAAGCUGGUUGACAGGGAUCGGGCUUUUGAAUUCUCCAGAAUUCGAGGAACGCGGGGGUAUUUGGCACCCGAGUGGACAACGAAUCUGCCCAUCACAGCCAAGGCAGAUGUUUACAGUUUUGGGAUUCUUCUGUUGGAGUUAGUUAGCGGGCAGGAAGCCACGAAAUUCAAUGUGCCCGGGUCGGGGAUUAAUUUUGUGCAGUGGGCUGUUGAAAAUGUGAAUAAGGGAGGAAAAUGGAUGGAGACUCUGGUGGAUUCAAAGUUGGGAGUCCCGAGUGGGGAUGAGAAGAGGGAGAUUGAGAUUGUGCUGAAGACGGCGUUGUGUUGCGUUGAGCAGAACAUGGGCAGCAGGCCUUCCAUGAGCGAGGUCGUCCAGAUGUUGACGUUCUCCAUCGACAUGAAGAUGAAGAGUAGUGCAGAACAAGAAGAUCAAAAGAAGAAUAGUGCAGAACAUGAAGAUCUAAUAGAGAUGGAAACCAGUCGUGAUCUCAGCUAGAUGACCUUCGACUCAGAGUCUUCUCUUCACCUCAUCUCGCGGAACGACAGAGCUCGAUAGAGGAGUCGGGAUUCAUUCCCAUAGGCGUACUUGCAGAGAACUAGUGUUUGUUUUUCAUGGAUAACUGUCAUUUUUUUGGUUUUUACUUGAUGUAGUGGAUUUCAUUUCACCUGUUUUCUAUGUGAAUCGUUUCUUUCAGUUUUCAUAUUUUAACAUAAACAUAGAACUAUUUGUUAUUAAAAGUAUUAGCUAGCUACCGACUUUUAAUGAAGCGGCGUGUAUAAAUUGUAUGACAGCGUAACA